GACAGUGCAAACAGCACAACAAACGCAGCCCCUCCUGCGGAGAGCCUCUCGAAGCCGAUUAAAUCUUAACCUCCUUCGUUAUUCCUACUUGCAAAACAUAGCUCAUCCUGCACCUCCGCGACGAGCGGCAUUCCCCCCGUGGUCACCUCCGACGAACUGAUGGGCUGCAAGUCAUGCCAGAAGCCCAAGGCGCAGCACCGGAAGGGCCUGUGGUCGCCGGAGGAGGACCAGAAGCUCCGUGACUUUAUCGUCCGCUACGGCCACAGCUGCUGGAGCACCGUCCCCGUCAAGGCCGGGCUUCAGCGGAACGGCAAGAGCUGCAGGCUGCGGUGGAUUAAUUACCUGAGGCCGGGGCUGAAGCACGGCAUGUUCUCCCGGGAGGAAGAAGAGACCGUCAUGAGCCUCCACGCCACACUCGGCAACAAGUGGUCUCAGAUAGCGCAGCACCUGCCUGGCCGGACGGACAACGAGGUGAAGAACUACUGGAACUCGUACCUGAAGAAGCGCGUCCAGGGCGCGCGUUCACCAGCCAAGUCCGCCGGCUCGGACGCGCCCCGGAGCCCGACGCCCAGCGAGAGCGGCCGCGAGGACAGCACCGUUAACCGGCCGUCCAACUCCGGCUCAUCCGGGCCGCUCGAGUCGUCGUCGACGGCGGACGAGUCGAGCAGCCUCACGGUCCCCGGCGCUACCGCCUCGAUCCGGCCGCACGCGCCCGUGCUCCCCAAGGUCAUGUUCGCGGACUGGCUCGACAUGGACAUGGACUACGGCACCGGCCUGAUGGCACCGAGCGCGCUGGACGCGGCCUUCGACGGCAGCCCGGCGCAGCAGGGUGUGAGCCACCAGGGCCCCCUGCAGGUGGAGGGCCUGUGCGACGCCGUGGACUCGUUGCAUGGGCUCAGCAACGGCGGCUGGGAUUUCGACGUGGACAAGAUGCACAUGCAGGGCGGAGCAGGGUUCUGCGACCUGCUCUCCAUGAGCGAGUUCCUCGGGAUCAACUAGGCGACACCUCCCGAACAGGGCAAUGGUGUGCCUCUCCAGCCAAUCAUUGCUGGUCGCUGACAAGAAGUUCUCAAGGCCACGAUUCAGCCGGACCAGCGCCGUGGAGAAGAAAUCGUUGAAGUCCUUGUUGCCGGAAGACCCACAUAUCCAAGAUCUCAAUCAACCUUGAAAAAAAAAACUCACAUGCCUCUCGACGGCACCGGAGGCGGGAGGCCGCACAACGUGAUGAAGAGGAGGCGGAGCAACAAAUUGCAUAGGAAAAUUGCGGUCAUCGUCACGCUAACAAAUUCUGCAAACCCUAACAUUGUCGGCCAAAAUGACAGGAAUGAAAAUAUGCCACCGUGCCAUAGGUGUUACCGUAGCCUACAUCAUCAAGAUGAGGAAGUUCAAGGAAACUUUUUUACUAGAGCA